AGAUUGGUGUCCAAGAAGAUGAUACUUACACAAAUGAGUAGCUUCUACAUACGCAGUUUUGGCCUUCUCUUCCUGAUCAAUAGUUUCCCAGAAACGACUGGUCAAGGUGAAUCAAGACGACAAGAACCAGGCGACUUUGUAAAGCAAGAUAUUGGAGGACUCUCUCCUAAGCAUGCCCCAGAUAUUCCUGAUGACAGCACUGACAACAUCACUAUCUUUACGAGAAUCUUAGAUCGGCUUCUAGAUGGCUACGAUAACCGGCUGCGACCUGGACUUGGAGAUGCUGUGACUGAAGUGAAGACUGACAUCUAUGUGACCAGUUUUGGACCCGUGUCAGACACUGACAUGGAGUACACUAUUGAUGUAUUCUUCCGACAGACCUGGCAUGAUGAAAGACUGAAAUUUGAUGGCCCUAUGAAGAUCUUGCCACUCAACAAUCUCCUGGCUAGUAAGAUCUGGACUCCUGACACCUUCUUCCACAAUGGCAAGAAAUCAGUGGCCCACAACAUGACUACGCCCAACAAACUUCUCAGACUGGUGGACAAUGGGACCCUCCUUUACACAAUGAGGUUAACCAUUCAUGCUGAAUGUCCCAUGCAUCUGGAAGAUUUUCCCAUGGAUGUGCAUGCUUGCCCAUUGAAGUUUGGAAGCUAUGCCUAUACAACAGCGGAAGUGGUUUAUUCUUGGACUCUUGGGAAGAACAAAUCUGUGGAAGUGGCACAGGAUGGGUCCCGCCUGAACCAGUAUGACCUUCUGGGCCAUGUGGUUGGAACAGAGAUAAUCCGGUCUAGUACAGGAGAAUAUGUCGUCAUGACAACUCACUUCCAUCUUAAGCGAAAAAUUGGCUACUUUGUGAUCCAGACCUACCUGCCAUGUAUUAUGACUGUCAUUCUGUCACAGGUGUCCUUCUGGCUCAACAGGGAGUCUGUCCCUGCUCGUACAGUCUUUGGUGUUACCACUGUGCUUACCAUGACGACUUUGAGUAUCAGUGCCAGAAACUCCUUACCUAAAGUGGCAUACGCGACGGCCAUGGAUUGGUUCAUAGCCGUCUGUUAUGCCUUUGUAUUUUCUGCGCUGAUUGAAUUUGCCACCGUCAACUACUUCACCAAGCGGAGUUGGGCUUGGGAAGGCAAGAAGGUGCCCGAGGCCCUGGAGCCAAAGAAGAAAACACCAGCAGCCCCGACAAAGAAGAGCAGCUCCACCUUCAACAUCGUGGGGACCACCUACCCCAUCAACCUGGCCAAGGAUACUGAGUUCUCCGCCAUCUCCAAGGCUGCCGCCCCCAGUGCCUCCUCAACGCCAACAGUCAUUGCAUCACCCAAGGCCACCUAUGUGCCGGAAACCCCCUCUGAGACCAAGACCUACAACAGUGUCAGCAAGGUUGACAAAAUUUCCCGCAUUAUCUUUCCUGUGCUCUUUGCCAUAUUCAAUCUGGUCUAUUGGGCCACAUACGUGAACCGGGAAUCAGCUAUCAAGGGCAUGAUCCGCAAGCAGUAGGUAGGGGUUGUGGCCCGCAGCCAGAGCACUGUAUACCCUAGGAAGCAUUCAGGCACCCAAACCCCAGGGCUCCCCUUCAUGUUUCACGAUUCUUCUUUUUAACCUUCCACCAAGCUGUGACUCUCAAAUAUAUUUAUAGAUCUCAAUUUAAACAAAACAACACAACA